AGAGGGAGGGAGCGUACGGAGGGAUAUAUUGACUCAAAGCUGGUCUACAUGCUCCACAGAGUGUGAGAGACAGAGGACGUGAAAGCAGGCAAGAUGGAGUGCUGGCACAGAUGAAGACUGUCCCUGGCCCCGUUUGACAAUCCACAUGAGUGUCUCCAAGCCCCCCCCACCACCCUCCACCUCCCACCUGGCCAUCCCCCCUUCUUCCACCUCCACCCCUUCCUCAACCGCUUCCUCCCCCUCGGCAACGCCCCACUCCACCGCUCCUCCCCCACCUUCCCCAGUCAAGAUCUCUAUGCAGGAGCACUUUGCCAUUAACGUGUGCCCGGGGCCCAUUCUCCCCAUCCCACAAAUCUCAGACUUCUUCCCACGUUUCCACGACUACCCCUGCACGCCACCACCCCCCAGGGAGAAGAAGAUCCUGAAGGAGGAGACUUUUAAUGGGGAGACGGGUGGAGGAUUCAAGGAUGGGGAGAGAAGAGGGGACACUGAUGGCGACAGGGAGGAGGUGUUUGACUCUGAUGAUGAUGACACUUACCUGGGAACGCUGGAGUUCACCCUACUCUUUGAUCAAGAGAACAACUGCCUUCAUUGUACUAUUCACAAGGCGAAGGGUCUGAAAGCCAUGGACUCCAACGGGCUGGCCGAUCCCUACGUCAAGCUCCAUCUUCUCCCCGGGGCUAGCAAGGCAAACAAGCUACGCACAAAAACCCUAAAGAAUACUCUGAACCCAGUGUGGAAUGAAACGCUGGUGUAUCACGGCAUCACUGGGGCCGACAUGACCACCAAAACACUCAGGCUGUGUGUAUGUGACAUGGACAGACUUGGACGAAAUGAAUUCAUCGGAGAGGUGAGAGUGGCUCUGAAGAAACUGAAAGAGGGAGAGAGCAAACGUUACAAUAUGGGCCUGGAGAGAAUUGCACAGAAUAAAGAAACCAACAAUCAAACGGUGGAGCAGGGAGCAGUGGUGGCAGAAGAGGAGCGUGGCCGCAUCCUGGUGUCACUAUGCUAUAACACAGAGAAGGGCUGCCUGCUGGUUGGGAUCAUACGCUGUGCCCAUCUGGCCGCCAUGGACUCCAAUGGGUACUCUGACCCUUUCGUCAAAAUCAUCUUACAGCCAGAUAUGGGGAAAAAGUCAAAGUACAAGACCUCUGUGAAGAAAAAGACUCUCAAUCCUGAAUUCAAUGAGGAGUUUUCAUAUGAAGUAUCCUUGGACCAGCUGGCAAAGAAAACCCUGGAGAUCUCUGUGUGGGACUACGACCUGGGAAUGAGCAACGACUUCAUAGGCGGAGUGGAGCUGGGCAUCAAUGCAAGCGGACAAAGACUCAGACACUGGUUCGAGUGUCUCAAAAACAAAGGGAAAAAAGUCGAAUAUUGGCAUACGCUCACGCAGCAAGGAGCCCCGAGCAGCGACAAGCCAGACUAGAUGGCACAAGACAUUCAAUCAGACACACACACAACACACACACGUACACAUUUAUCUCACUGAGCAGUGGCUGAUGAGAGUCCAAGAACAGCAGUGAUCUCAACAAAGGAGAAAACAUGCAAUAACAGUUAUGCUGAAAAUGAAAUCUGUCAUUUAUUGCUACUAAAUGCAGCACAAAGUAUUAGUAUAUACUCAUACUAAUAUUAGUGAUGGUAUUACGGUGUAAUCUGAAUACAUUUUUUUCAAGGUGAACCAAAUUGUAAUGAUGUCCUCAUUAAAUUGUUGACGUAACAAAACAGUACUCACAAAAUUGUGCUUAGACCUCACUGUACAGUGGAAGUUGCUCAUACUCAUUCAAAUUAACACUCAGUGAAGAAGAGAUUUGAGGCUAAGAUAUUCAAAAGUCAUUCAGUGAAAGUGCCCAGCUGUAUGUACACCUUUGUGACUCAUAACGUGGUACAUAAUUAGAGAAGCGGGAAUGUGGUUGAGAAGUCUCUAUUUUAGUGGCUGUUCUGAUGCAAAAUAACACACCAUAUUAUACUGUAAAGCACAAAAUGAUCCAUUUGGUGGAUUUGUACCUUUACCUUUUCAGUGUUGCGCCAUUUCAUUGUCUGUCAGUGGCAGUGGUAUGUUCUACCGCCUUCAUGUCAGGCAGUAAUGUAUCUGCAUAUGUGUGUGUGCAUGAGUGUCUGUGUGUUUGGAGGUUAUGACAAUAUGAGUGCCUAAAUUGUUUGUAUGUGCAAUAUGUAUUCCUCUGUAUUCUCUUCAUCCCCUCAGAUUUCAAAGUUUCUAUAAAAAUUCAACUUUAGAAGCACUGAGAUGUGAAAAAAAAUUGACGAUAGACAAGGUUCAUUCAGUGGAGAAAUCCUCUGCAAGCACCACAGGCCUCAGCACUAUGGUGCCACCCACUUUUGCCAUCUCUCACUCCUCCUGCCAGGCAGUCAUAGGGCAACUUUUAAGACUGGAAGAUCCUGAAACUUAAUAUCUGACUGCUCCUUUUGACUUUCUUGAUGAAAAGCUGAAGACGUGUUCGCAGCAUGCAGAACAGAUAUUGCUUUUGGAUGUAUUGCUUGUACCUUUACUUUGUUGCAGCAUCAAUGAAACAAGAUUCCAGUUGGAUUAAAGAGAAUUUACAGUGUAUCAGUGACUCCGAUUCUGCUCCAGUAGAAACACAGAUGAUGCAACAUUUUGUUUAGGCAAAGCAAUGAUGUACAUUUUUAUUAUUAUUAUUAUUUAUAAAAGAUGAAUUUGAUUGGUCUGGUUGUUGGAUAUCUGUGGACAGAGCAGCCCAAUGCAUGAAAAACUCCCUUUAACCACCAAUGCAUGCUCUCCUCAUGAGCUUCUAAAGGGAUAAGUAAAGGAGAUUUUAAUCGUGUGUCAACCAUCAGAGGAAGUCAGUGCUGUGUUUAUCUCAUUACCAAUAAGCUUUCAGAUAUUUGUAGCAAAUAUUUUAUCCUCUGGACAAGAAACUUGGCCAUGUCCCUUUAGGUCUAAUGCAUGAUUUCCUGCUGAAAUAAUCUGUGCAAAAAUGCAGACAUACAGAGCAGAGCCCCUUCUUACAGUUGAACUUGAGAUAGUAAAAAGAAACUGCACCCAAUACAGACACUCAUUUGCAGAAAGUAACAGGGAAUUCUCACAGACCACAAUCCAGACACUAACCUACAUAUGUAAUGCAGCUCCCUGCAUAUAUUUGCAUAAUAAUGUUUCAUAAAAAUUGUUCCUGCAUUCUUUGAAUGCCUACCAGGAUAUCAAAUUCCCUCCCCAGUUUUAUUUAUCAGACAGCUAUUGUCACACAAAGCACACCUACAGUCAGUCAGUGGCCCCCAGGGCUUUUCUAACUUUAACAACCUUGUGAUGUUGGCUGGAAAAAACAUGGAUCCCUUAGUGUUGGGUUGAGUUAUCCCAAAAAGGGCUUCAGAGUUAUAAAAGCUUAGAAGACAUAAACACAUUUCUAUUUAGAUCUAAGAAAGAAUGGGGGAGUUGUUCUGUACUUUGGCUAUGCACAUUAAAAGUCCCACCAGGUCAGCAGUAAGAUAAUCAAACCAAAACACAAUCAUGCUAUUUCUGGGAAUAUUCUGUGCUUUGUUUGUGCACAUGCUCAGUGACAGCGAUCUAAUAGGGUUCACAUUUCUGGCCAGUUGAUUGCUUAUUUCUGUCUCUGGAUCUGUUGUUUACAGUCACAGAUUUUUCUGACUCUUGUCUAUUGACCUCGCUUUGCUUAUGUAAUCGCUUAUCUACAAUACAGCUGCAUGUUUAGCAAUCACCAUCAGCUCGCAUAAUAGAGUGCAGCCUUAGCUGAUCAUUCUGAAUACUGAUGUGUUUACAGUCUACACCAUCCAGUCAAUGUGUAUUUGUUUGUUUGUGAAUACGACAAUUCAGGGUAUUUUUGCUCAGUUGCUGUGCUUUACCAAGCAAGUCCUUGCUUUAACAAACAAAACCUUUACGGUCACAGACUUUGACACUUGUCUUCCUUAAAUGAGUAUCAGUGGUAAUGAUGCAGGAGGGCUGACGUAAGAAUGAGAGGGAAAGUCAUGAUUGCAGUCCCUGUGUAUUCACUGUCAAUGUCUAUACCACAGUAUGGCUGCCAUCCUGUGGUGGGUUUGUGUAACUUCUUCAUAAAAUAAAUUGAAGCUAUUUCAGUGGUUGUCUGUCCUCCUUUGAACAUGUGAUCUAUGUCAAGCUUAAUUCCUCAGAAAAAACAAAACACUGGCAGCAUGUGUGAUGCACUUAUGUGUUUAUUUGUCAAAAUCCAAGCUUGGAUGUAUGUUUAUGUAAGUAUUACUUAUCACUUUCUACAUCAUACAACAUUUAUUAUCCUUCUUAUCUUGCU